GCUUUGUUUUGGGUUAACGACACCGCUUGCGCGCAACGGAGAGUCAGCGCAAAGUUUCCUCGAUGGCGCUGGUGAUGGAGCCGGUGAGCAAAUGGAGCACGAGCCAGGUGGUGGACUGGAUGAAAGGUCUGGACGACUGCUUGCAGCAGUAUGUGUGUGUGUUUGAGCGCGGAGGUGUGUGUGGGGAGAGGCUGCUGAGGAUUAGCCACGCCGAGCUGGAGGAACUGGGAGUUUCUCGCAUCGGACACCAGGAGCUCAUUCUGGAGGCCGUCGACUUGCUCUGUGCUCUGAACUCAGGUCUGGAGACGGAGAGCGUCAGGACUCUGGCUCACAAACUCGGCGCCUCGGCCAAAAACCUGCAGAACUUUAUUUCCGGCCGCCGCCGAAGCAGCCAAUCGGAGAGCAGAAGCUCGCGGCGGCUUCCUAACGAUCUGCUGACCUCCGUGGUCGACCUCAUCACCGCCGCCAAGAGCCUGCUCGCCUGGCUGGACAGGUCUCCCUUUGCUGCAGUGGCAGACUACUCAGUAACCCGAAAUAAUGUCAUUCAGCUCUGCCUGGAGCUCACCACCAUUGUACAGCAGGACUGUACGGUGUUUGAGACGGAGAACAAAAUCCUUCAUGUGUGUAAGACUCUGUCGGAGGUGUGCGAGCACAUUGUGUGCGUGUCAUCGGACCCACUGGUUUCUCAGUCGGCCCACCUCGAGCUGGUUCACCUCACCAACAUCAAACCCUCUGAGGGCCUGGGGAUGUACAUCAAGUCGACCUACGACGGCCUCCACGUGAUCACAGGAACUACUGAGGGGUCUCCAGCUGACCGCUGUAAGAAGAUCCAUGCGGGAGAUGAAGUCAUCCAAGUCAAUCACCAGACUGUGGUGGGCUGGCAGUUACGUAACCUGGUCGGCUCGCUGAGAGCCGAUAAAGGCGUCGUGUCCCUGACCCUGAAGAAGCGUCCACAGAGCACGCUCAGCUCCGCCCCCGCUCUGCUCAAGAACAUGCGCUGGAAACCCCUGGCUCUGCAGCCAACCAGAAGCCCAGGCAGCAGUUCAGCCACACCCUCAGGCACACCCACCAAGAACUCGGCCCUCCAGGACCUUUACAUCCCCCCUCCACCUGCUGAGCCGUACACACCCAGAGAUGAAACGGGAGCCUUGUCUGGAGAUGAGGCAUCUCGUAACCACGGUGGCGUCAGUGUUGCUAAGCGCUCUGAGUCACCAAACUCCUUCCUGGAUCAAGAGUCUCGCCGGCGAGAAGAGGAGGAGCCUGUGUACUGCACCACGCCUACAUAUGGCAGGCUGAGGCCCAUCUCCAUGCCUGUGGAGUGUAACUGGGUGGGCGACUAUGAAGACCCAGCCAAGCUUAACAGAGAAAGCCGCAGAGAAGCGUCACUCAUGCGUUACGUGGGGCUGCCCGGCGGGGACGAGAGGACCGCCUCCGACGACUACUCCUCCCACACAGCUCGUCCGGGUAAACGGUCCAACGACACGGCCAAGCGCGCCAAGAGGCGGAGCCACCACAGCCAAAGCCCCUCCCACUACGUCCUGCAGACAAAUCAGAGGGAUUCUCCCCCCAGAGACCCAGCCUCCAUUUAUCACACAUACCAGCAGUCCUCCUCUCUGCAGUCAAAGAACAGGAAGAAGAAUAAAGGGCGAGGUUUGGCCUCCCUGAGUCGGAGGCGUGUUUCCUGCAAGGCGCUCGGCAGAGGAGACUGCGAGGGCUGGUUGUGGAGAAAGAGAGAUGCGAAGGGUUACUUUUCUCAGAAAUGGAAGAAGUACUGGUUUGUUCUGAAGGACAACUGCCUGUACUGGUACAUCAAUGAGGAGGAUGAGAAGGCAGAGGGUUUUGUCAGUCUUCCAGAGUUUAAGAUCGACCGGGCCAGUGAAUGUCGCAAGAAGUAUGCUUUCAAAGCAUGUCACCCCAAGGUCAAGAGUUUCUACUUUGCAGCAGAUGGAGUAGAUGACAUGAACAGAUGGCUGAGUCGUCUCAACAUGGCGGCUGUGGGCUACGCUGAGCGCGAGAGGAUGCGCCAGGAGCAGGAUUACUGGAGUGAGAGUGAACAUGAGGAUGACACCACCUCCAGCCCUAAACAGGACAGCCCCCCACCUCCAUAUGAUACCUACCCACGGCCUCCAUCAAUGAGUGCCUACUUGGAGGGCCGAACCACUCGAUUGUCUUCCACGGAGACGUCUCGUUCUCGCUCUUCCCAGGAGGACUUCCUGUGUGGCGAGCCACCCGCAGCGGCCGCAGAGCCGCAGUACCACCCUGGUCCUCUAGGAAGCACCACACACAGCGGGAGAAAACCAGGCGGCAGCAGCAGCAGCGACGUGCAGUACAGAUGUGAUCCUGUAGAGUACCGCUCUAGUCCCGCGGGGGGCAGCAGUGAGACGGGGUCCCCGGGCCGCUCCUCGUCGUCUCAGAGACGUUCUUGGCAGGACCUGAUUGAGACGCCGCUCACUGAGGCUGGACUGCACUAUUUACAAACUGGACCUUUAGAGGACGCCGUCUUUGCAGAGCCUGGUCCUGGGGGUGGGACUAUGACGGCCGGAGCCGUUUACACUCUUCCUGCACAGAGGAAUGUCCCGUUGCCCAUGGCGAUGCAGAGGCUGAUUCCUAUGGCAACCCAGGGAGGGAAACCCCGCAGCUUCACACUGCCAAGAGACAGCAACCUACACACACUCCUCACGCCCCCUGCGAAAGAACAGCAAACGCACAACGAUGCUGCAGCUCUGCAACCAGCUAAACACACUUCCAGUGAAGACAAGUGGUUGACCUUUGCUGGAAGCGGCUGUGAAACCGUGAAAAUGAUAUUUGGACAACAAAUUUUCUGAUUUAUAAUCAUUAAUAUUAAAAGAUUCUGUAAAACAAUACGAUAUUAUAACAAGUAUAGCUAUAGAUUAAUUGAUUGAAAGAAAAUGAAUCAGCAACGAUUUUGAUAAAUGUCAGACUUUGGUGUUUCCUAUAUCGAGUUGAAUAUGUUUUGGUUUAGGAUUAAACAUUUAAUGAAGUCAGCUUGUGCUUUGGGAAACUGUGAGUAGCAUUUUUCACUGUUUUCUGAUGUUUUAUAAACCAAUCGAUUGAUCGACUCAUCGAGAAUGUUCUUGUAUUACAUAAGGCACCAUGAUUCGAGGAAGCCAAACUGCGCUAGUUGUCCAGAAAUGUUAGCUAACCCAAUACCAUCCCCAUGCAGCAACUGUCCUUAUGUGGUUUUCCAUAAUAAACCAGCUUGUAAAGUAACCAGGUCAGAGAAAAUCUUAGCAAGAUAUAAAGAUGAAAUGAUAUUUUGUUCAAAAGACUAAAACUGAGAUAAAUAAAAUGAAAAACACCAUAACAUGUCAAUUUUGCAAAGUUUUAUUGGUACAUAUUAGUAACACAAUGAAUGCAUUAGUUUUUAAAAUAUUCUCUUGUGGUUUAUGAUUUUGUCCUGUAGCUGUGAUCACACUGAGUUCAUUUGAUCCAUCAGAAUUCAUAAUACAUAUUCAUUUACUUUAUGAUAAUUACCAAUUGGAAUGUUAAAUUGUACAAAUUUGCAAAAUAAAAAAAAAUGCUUUAAAAUCAACAAUGUUUUGAUGGUAAUAGGUGACUAAAAUGAUUUAUAUAAUAAGUAUUUUAAGUUGAUUAGAAGUUGCAGUUCCUUCGUGUUACACUGGAGUUUUUUCCCCCCACAUCUUUUAUUAACAAUAAAUACUACUAUGAGGCCUCCAGUUAAUUUUGAAUGUAAUAUUACCUUCAAACAUAAUAAACCAUGUUGAAUAAAUGACGUUUACGCAGACAGCGCAGAAUGUAUUCAGGAUUAAAUGGAAGUGGAUACAAGCACAAAAGACCAUGAAUAAUGAAUUCCAGCAGGUUACCUCGCUAAUAGCCACAAAUCAUGCAUAUGAUUUCCUGCUAAUGUUUCAUCUCCUCUGCAGCUUAAACCCACUUUGUCCAUCUGGUUGUCAGUGCAGAUAGAAAUGGGCGAAUCAAGAAAACAAGACAGAAAAAGGGUCACUCAAUAUCUUUGGUUUUGCUUCUAUUUCUAUAUCUAUCCUAUGUUAUAGAAAACUUUAAAUAUUCAUCGCUAGUAAAUAAACAGGAAUGUAACAUGCAUGGAACUUUUAUCUACAACUUCUAUAAAAUAUUCAGCUUAGCUUUACUGUUGUUUUUAUUUCAAAGAAAUCCCCCCUCCACUUUCAUCACCUUAUCUCCUGUUUUGACUUCUUCUCUAUUCCCUCUUAUGUGUGAUAGCCUCCUCUGCAGCCUGGCUCAUCCUCGUCCUGAAAUCUGUUCAAGAAUUACCUUCUUCACCUCUCCUCCACUCGUUCUCCAAAUCCCCUUUUAUCUCUGUCCUUAGCUCCCGUUUCAUUUCUCUUUUUCAGAACAUUUUCACUUUCGGUCACAGGAAUAUCACUGUCAAACCACCAACUAUCUCACUUCUCUCUAGUGGUUGCUUGUCAUCUCUGGUGAGCUCAGACCUUAAGCUUAUUCUACUGUUAGACUCAUAAUUAGCUCUCAAUAACAGUAUUAGUUAAAUACCUAAAAGAAUUUAGACGUAAUGUAAAUAAAUCUGUCAAAUCCAUGUUAGCUAUCUGACCUGGACAUGCACUCAACAAAAAUUAAAAACAAAAAUACAAUAAAAAUGCCCCUCAGCCUGUGUCAUUUUGUAAGUCUUGACGUGUUUUUCUUGAAUGAAUGGUUCAACAUCGUGGGAACAACUUAUUUGAGUUCUUGCCAACAUUUACAAGAUAGUAUUAUAAGAUAAUCUUCUGUAGAAAACAUUCUGUACACUAGCUAGAACCAUUCAGGAGAUAGUUAGCUAGCUUAGCAUAUAAAGGCUGGAAACAAGGGGGAAAUGGUUAGCCUGGCUGCAUCCAAAGGUCAGAAAAGCAGUCUAUAAGUAAUAAAACUCACUAAUUAACAUUUUAUAUCUUGUUUUGUUUAUAUGUUAAAAGAAAGUGUAGAACAACAUGUUGUUUUGUGGUAGCUUAAACUAUUGCAGUAGUUUAAGCUAACAAACCUGGUUUUAGCCUUUCUUUUAGCUUUAUGUUUAACAAAAAUCCAUGAGAGUGAUAUUGAUCCUCUCAUCUAACUUUUGCUUAAAAAGUAAAUGUU